UUGUGCUUUCUCCGGCAUUCCUACGGUCCGUGAACGCAGCAGCGGCGGCCCAGCGUCCGGUAGAAGGAGCUCUUCGGGUCUUACCUAACCCGGCCGAGCACACACAAACAUGGCGAUGGUGCAGCGCGCUCUCCCGUGGUCACUGUGCGUGCGGCUCCUCUGGCUCGCCGGGAUUUACGCGUCCUCCAACCUGCACGCCGAGCGGCCGCGCGGAGGCUUCUUCGCGAUAGAAGCGAGGAGGGAUUUACAGGACGGAGGAGGAGGAGGUGGUGGUGGUGGUGCUGGAGGAGGAGGAGGCGCCGCCGCCGCCGCCGCUCCGAGAGCCGCCGCGGGCGGGUCGGACUCCGGCGCCUAUCCGCCACAUCGAAGCCGCCGGAGCCCCGGAGAGUCGGCCAUGCCGAAGGUGUACGGCCAGGUCAACCUGAACGACUCCCACAACCAGAUGGUGGUCCACUGGGCGGGGAAGAAGAGCAACGUCAUCGUGGCGCUGGCGAGAGACAGCGCGGGGGCCAUCGGACCCAAGACCAGCUCGGUCUACAUCUCCUACGACUACGGCACCACCUUCACGCUGGUCUCUGACAGGUUCCGUCUGUCGGGGGUGAAGGCCGAGGGCGGCAACCAGCAGGUCAUCUCCCAGUUCUACCACAGCCCCGCCGACAACAAGAGGUACCUGUUUGUUGACUCCACCAACGACUACCUGUGGAACACCUUUGACUUCUGUGGGAGGGUGCGGGGCUUCUCGCUGCCCUUCAAGCCCACCGACCUGCUGCUGCACAGCGGGAGGGCCGGCCUGGUGCUCGGGUACGACGGCUCCCACCCCAACAAGCAGCUGUGGAAGUCAGACGACUUCGGAGAGACGUGGGUGUUGAUCCAGGAGCACGUGAAGACUUACUUCUGGGGCGUGGAGCCCUACGACCCCCCCACCACGGUGCUGGUCCAGAGACACGAGCCCCAGGGCGUCUCCACCGUCCUCAGCAGCACCGACUUCUUCCAGAGCGACCAGAACCGCACCGUCAUCCUGGAGCAGGUGGACAGCUUCCAGCUCCGAGACAAGUACCUGUUCGCCACCACCACGCGGAAGCUGUUUGGCAGCCACCAGCCGUCGUCCGUCCAGCUCUGGGUCUCCUACAACCGCCAGCCAAUGAAAGCCGCCCAGUUCAUGACUCGGCAUCCAAUCACAGAGUACUACAUCGCGGACGCGUCGGAGGAGCAGGUGUUUGUGUGUGUGAACCACCUGAACAACGUCACACACCUGUACACCUCGGACACCCAGGGCCUCUCCUUCUCGCUGUCGCUGGAGAACGUCCUGUACUUCAGCCCGGGGGGGUCGGGCAGCAACACGCUCAUCAGGUACACGCUCUGACACGCUCUGACGCGCUCUG